UGUGUGUGUGUGUGUGUGUGUGUGUUUCAGAAAACAUGCAGAUCAUCCGUCAGACUCAUGCUGUGCCUCCUUCAGCAGUGGGAUCAGCAGCCGAGCAGCUGCUCAGCCAAUGGAAAAGUAGGAGUGCUGAAUGGAGCGCUCUGAUUGGUGGAGGCGGUGCUGAGCAGACUGGGCAUGAUGAAAGGGUGGGCACCACAUGCACAGCCACAAUAAACUGCUUCAUCUACUGACUGACAUCUAUCCUGACACAGAACAUACGGAUUGACGGAUGUCUCCUGUUUCAGACUCCACCAACAGGGUCAUUCCAGGACCUCAGGAGCCGGAGAAGACCUACCAUCCAUCCGAUGGCCUGUUCACUGAUGCACACGUGCCAGACUUUGAUGCAUAUCUUGCCAUAUACAAAAAGUCUACAGAGGAGCCUGAAGAGUUCUGGGCUGAUGUUGCUCAAGAGUUUUACUGGAAGAAGCCUCCGUCAGGCCCGAUGCUGCAGUAUAACUUUGACGUCAACAAGGGGAACAUUUACAUCAAGUUCAUGGAAGGAGCAAAAACCAACAUCUGCUACAACGUCCUUGACCGAAAUGUGCAUGAGAGGAACCUGGGAGAGAAAGUGGCUUACUACUGGGAGGGAAACUCACCUAAUCAUCACCAGGCCAUCACCUACAACCAGCUGUUGAGAAACGUGUGCCGAUGUGCCAAUGCAUUGAAGCUGUUGGGUGUGAAGAAAGGAGACAGAGUGGCCAUCUACUUACCCAUGAUUCCAGAGCUGGUGUAUACCAUGCUGGCCUGUGCACUUGUUUCAUACAAACACGCCAUUCAGUUUGCCGGUUUCUCGUCUGAGUCUCUGUGCGAGAGGAUCAUGGAUGCUCAGUGCAACAUCCUGGUAACAGCAGAUGGUGUUUACAGAGGUGACAAGCUGAUCAAUCUAAAGAAGAUUGUGUCUGAAGCUCUGGAGCGCUGUAAGGAGAGCAUGGCCUCGUGUGUUCAGAAGUGUGUGGUGGUCAAACAUCAUGCCUUCAGAACAAACAGUGAUGCUUCCAACAAACUACAGACCCCAUGGGAUGAAUCAUGUGACAUUUGGUGGGAUGAUCUGAUGGACGGUGUGUCAGACGAGUGUGAACCGGAGUGGGUGGACUCAGAAGAUCCUCUCUUCAUACUUUACACCAGCGGCUCGACCGGAAAACCCAAGGGGGUCGUUCACACAGUCACUGGCUACAUGCUCUAUACAUCACUGACCUUCAAAUAUGUUUUUGAUUAUCACCAUGACGACGUUUACUGGUGCACUGCAGACAUUGGCUGGAUAACAGGCCACUCCUACAUCACGUACGGCCCGUUAGCCAACGGCGCCACCAGCGUGCUGUUUGAAGGUGUGCCAGUGUAUCCUCAUGUGGGCAGACUGUGGGAGAUCAUUGAGAAGUACGCAGUCUCUAAGUUCUACACUGCACCUACUGCUAUAAGACUGCUGAUGAAAUACGGGAAAGAACCACUGCAGCGGGGGGUCGUUCACACAGUCACUGGCUACAUGCUCUAUACAUCACUGACCUUCAAAUAUGUUUUUGAUUAUCACCAUGACGACGUUUACUGGUGCACUGCAGACAUUGGCUGGAUAACAGGCCACUCCUACAUCACGUACGGCCCGUUAGCCAACGGCGCCACCAGCGUGCUGUUUGAAGGUGUGCCAGUGUAUCCUCAUGUGGGCAGACUGUGGGAGAUCAUUGAGAAUGUCCUCUCUGUGCAGACGUGCCCAUUUUUUGGAGUCCAGCCUGCCAUUCUCAAUGAACACGGAGAAGAAUUAGAAGGCGAGGCAGAGGGAUACCUGGUUUUCCGGAAACCCUGGCCAGGAAUCAUGAGGGGUGUGUACGGGAAUCAGGAGCGAUUCGAGAGCACCUACUUCAGAAAAUUCCCAGGAUUCUAUGUGACAGGAGAUGGCUGCAGGCGGGACAAGGACGGAUAUUACUGGAUCACCGGCCGGAUCGAUGACAUGCUGAACGUCUCUGGUCAUUUGUUGAGCACAGCAGAAGUGGAGGCGGCUCUGACCGAACACCCGUCGGUGGCUGAAGCUGCGGUGGUCAGUCGGCCUCAUGCAGUGAAGGGAGAGUGUCUGUACUGCUUCGUCACGCUGAAAGACCACAAAGAAUUCAACCGCACGCUGACGGAAGAACUAAAAAGAAAAGUGAGGGAGAAGAUCGGACCAAUCGCCACCCCAGAUUUCAUCCAGAAUGCUCCAGGGCUUCCCAAAACCCGUUCAGGUAAGAUCAUGCGUCGAGUUCUGCGACAGAUCGCCCGCAAUGAAAAAGACCUGGGUGACCUUUCGACCCUGGCUGACCCCAAGGUCGUGGAGGUGCUGUUCAGCCAAAGAUGCGAGGCUGCAGCGUGAACGCGGCUCUCUUCCAUCUCUUUUGAUGCCUCUGUGACUCUGUGUGCGGUAUAGACUCUGGGUUUGGGUUAGAACGGGCUCUGGUUCUCCUAGAUCAGAUCUGAUGGGGGGGAACUCCUCUCAUGAUUCAGCUAAAACAAACAAAAUAAAUCACAAAGUAAAGUGUUUCACAAAACCUCACCUCAGGACACUAAACUUCCCAGUUAUUAUAAAACAGUCAGAUUUUCUUUGAUUUCUUUUGGGGUUUUUUUCUAUUCUGUCAGGUGAUACAUUAUGUAAAUAUUUGUCUUUUUUUGUUAUGUUUUUCAGUGCCAUGAAAAUUUAUUUGCAUUUGCUUUUAAUUGCAUCCAUAAUUGCAGUUUCUCUCACUGAAUUAUUUCAUACCACUAAAACAAUUUUAUAUUAGACAUCAGGAAAAUAAAAUGUCACAUUUCACGAAAAUUUAGUUUUGAACCUUGCAGGCUUAACUAUGUUGAAUUUUUAAAAUCUCAUUUUAUUUUUAUUUGCUAUGAAACAAUCGUGAGAAAAAUGUGCACCUUGGCAUCUUGUCCUGGAUCAAUAAGCUCUUACAAAAACAGUUGCUAAUGUUACUUUGACAGAAAUAUUAGUUCCAAGUAGUUUAACAGUAAUUAUUGCAUUU